UCCCUGGAAGUUUCUCGAUACAUGACUCAUGCAUUUUGGCAUGAUUGCGGCGUAAUGAUGAGCUAAAGUUGGAGCUUCGCGCUGAUGGCAGAACUUUCGAGAAAACUCGAAAAUCGCAUAAAAACAGGUGAAAUGGCGAGACCAAGCAAGAUUGGAAAUUGUUCUUCAUACUGCAGUACAGCAGAGAUAUCCUACCGAGUAACCUACCGCAGCUGUACCACUGGCAAUACCAGAGAGAACAACCGGAAUCCCGUCCUGUUUACGCUACACACUCGCUCAUCGUACUAUCACCACAACUUAGCCUCACAUUAUCGACCAUGGCACCGUCUAAAACCCCAGCUAUUGGCAUCGACUUAGGCACGACGUAUUCCUGUGUAGGUGUCUUCCAGAAUGGCAAAGUGGAGAUCAUUGCCAAUGAACAAGGCAACCGUACCACACCCAGUUAUGUCGCCUUCACCGACACGGAGAGACUUAUUGGAGAUGCCGCCAAAAACCAAGUUGCUAUGAAUCCAGUGAACACAAUCUUUGAUGCUAAACGUCUGAUUGGCCGUCGGUUUGAUGAUGCAUCGGUCCAAGCAGAUAUGAAACACUGGCCCUUCGAGGUGAUCAACAAACAAGGGAUGCCCAUGCUGCAAGCUGAGUACAUGAAUGAGGCUAAGACCUUCCCUCCAGAAGAGAUCAGCUCCAUGGUGCUGGUUAAGAUGAAGGAGACAGCCGAGGCAUAUCUUGGGCAUAAGGUUACAGAUGCUGUCAUCACUGUACCAGCAUACUUCAAUGAUUCCCAGAGACAAGCUACCAAAGAUGCCGGAGUGAUUGCUGGUCUCAAUGUUCUCAGGAUCAUCAAUGAACCCACAGCUGCCGCCUUGGCCUACGGACUGGACAAAAAACUGCAAGGGGAGAAGCAUGUUCUGAUUUUUGAUCUAGGAGGUGGCACCUUUGAUGUGUCUGUCCUGGCUAUUGAGGAUGGCAUGUUUGAGGUUCUCUCCACGGCCGGCGAUACUCAUCUUGGUGGUGAGGACUUUGACAAUCGUCUUGUCAACCACCUGGCUGGAGAAUUCAAGAGGAAGUUUAAGAAGGACUUGACCACAAAUCCAAGAUCCCUCCGUCGACUGAGGACAGCUGCUGAGAGAGCCAAGAGAACUCUCUCAAGCAGCACUCAAGCAAGUAUUGAAGUGGACUCUCUCUUUGAAGGGAUUGACUUCUACACAUCCAUCUCCCGAGCUCGCUUUGAGGAGCUAUGUGCUGAUCUGUUCCGUCAGUGCCUUAACCCAGUAGAGCGGGCAUUGGUGGAUGCAAAAGUUGACAAGAAUCGCAUCGAUGAGGUUGUGCUGGUUGGAGGCUCCACACGAAUCCCCAAGAUUCAGAAGCUGUUGCAAGAUUACCUCAAUGGAAAAGACUUGAACAGAUCCAUCAAUCCAGAUGAGGCAGUAGCUUAUGGAGCUGCUGUACAGGCAGCUAUCUUGAGUGGUGACCAGAGUGCAGAGGUCAAAGAUGUUCUUCUUGUGGAUGUUACUCCUCUUUCACUUGGCAUUGAGACUGCUGGGGGUAUCAUGACCAAACUGAUCGAGAGAAACAGCCGCAUCCCAACCAAGACAUCCAAGACAUUCACCACCUAUGCUGACAACCAGCCUGCAGUUACGAUCCAAGUCUAUGAAGGAGAAAGAGCUAUGACAAAAGACAACAAUCGUCUGGGCAUCUUUGAGCUAGCUGGCAUCCCUCCAGCUCCUCGCGGUGUACCCAAGAUUGAAGUCUCCUUAGACAUUGAUGCUAACGGUAUACUCAACGUCUCGGCUAAAGAUGAGAGUACUGGCAAGAGCAACCAGAUCACCAUCACCAAUGACAAAGGCCGCUUGUCCAAGGAAGACAUCGAUAGGAUGGUGUCAGAUGCUGAGACGUACAAGGCCGAAGAUGAGGCUCAAAGAGAACGCGUCACUUCAAGGAACAACUUGGAGAACUACAUCUUCAGUGUGAAAUCAACCCUCAAUGAAGAAGCUUUGCAGAGCAAGAUAGCAGUCGAGGACAAGGAAAAAGCAGAGAGUUCUUUGAAGGAGACUCUAGCUUGGCUAGAUAACAACAAUCUGGCUGAUAAGCAGGAGUAUCAAUACAAACUAGAGGAACUUCAGAAGGUGUGUUCACCUGUGAUGGCUAAGUUAUACAACGCAGGGAAGCCAGAGAACCAGCAGGGUACUGGUGGAGGCUGUCAACAAGGACCUACUGUGGAGGAGGUGGAUUAGAUGCCAGACAUUUUCAAGGCUUGUUUUUAAGCAUAUUUCUGAUGUUGUUAAAUUUAGAUUCAAUGUCAAAUGUUGAUCUUGUUAUGGCAAAACCAUUCUUCAAUAUCUGAUCCUUGGAAUAUGCUUCAUAAUUGCAGCAAGUUAAUUUAUGUUGUUUGGAGAUGUGUAUCCUAAGGCCAAAAAAAAAAAAAAAUAACGCAGACACCUGCAUAUGAUCAACAACAAAAAAACGCCUACAAAAACAAAAUUACCUACCCAAUUUUAAAAUGCCAUGCAAUCGGAAGCAGAACUUUUUUUUUUGCCUUAUCAAAAAUCUGUCACAAUUGCGCUAAUAUUUGAAUGUAUUUUCAUAAAGUAAAUGGUUUUGACAAAUCUAAUUUUCGUUAUAAGUGUAAAACAUUCACAAGAUUUAAUUUUCCGUUGGGGUGAUGUAAAUCAAUAUUAGGUUUUGCCCUUCACCGACAUGUAAACACUGUGAAACAUGGAGGGAUGUAGCAUUUAGAAUUAAAAGCAAUUUUGACAUUCACACAAAUGUAUUUAUUUUUAGUCUGUUAAAUGAAAACUAUAAUGUUUAAAGUACUGAACGGCAUGUAGAUUGUAAACAUUCAAAAUCUUUGACAUAUUAUCAACAGAAUUGCCCUUUAAAUAUCACGUACUAACAGAAAGCUAGGUUAUUGUUGAUUUGUGUUCAAACCACUGUUGUGCCUACAUUUGUGCUGUACUUGCAUCAACAAAUGUUUGCAAUAAGUAUUUGUAAAGGUCUACUGUUGAAUCUUGGUUAAAUUUUAAAUGAAAGAAUGAACAAAUAGAAUAAGGAAUAGAGCAAGGUAAAAUAUAUGAAAAGGUUGAAGUAUCACUAUCAGUCUUACGUACAACUUAGAACGAAAAAGGCAGUUUACCUUUUUACAGUGAAAAUUUAAAAUAUUUUUGUAUUAUUUUACAUAUAAAUAGUGGAAUUUACUAUUUUUUUUCUUUGCUAACAAAUAUAUCAACUGUUACUGUAGUUGGAUAAUAAAUAAUGUUUAUCAUUUUAUCACAACA